AAAAAAAAAAAAAAAAAAAAAAGGUUAUCAAUAAUGUGUUAUGAUACCCUCGCUUGUUUUCCUUCAUAUCAUGUAGCUGCGAGUGUUUGAGUACAUAGAAUGAUAAAAAUGAUCGAUUUGACAUAAUAAUUAACAUGCAAAUUGUAAUUUAAGUUAUAGAAGAAAAUUGUUUUAAAUGUAGUUACUGAUUCGUUAUAGUACACUUGUAUAUGAUUAAGAAGGAACUUUCCUGUCCCCAGAUUAUAAAGUGUGUGGUCUUUCUUAUUCCCCAUCUAAUCAUCUAAUACAUCUUAACAUUUGAUACAUAGUAGAUAUGUAGUAGAAACUUAGUAAAUAUUUCUUUAAUGAACAGGAAUUUGUUUAACUAUGUUCUAAAAAUGUGUACCUGCAUAACUGAAGAUAUGAAUGAGGAUCCUAUAUUAUAAAAUUGAGUACCUGGCCUCACCUAGCUUAAUAGCACUUUUCAAGGGAAAAAUAUUAAAAAUAUUUGAAAAGUAAUAGUUUUGUAACUAGAAUAAAAAUUACCAGCAAAAUUUUUAAAGUUAUAUAUAGUCCUUUAAAAAGCAAUUUUAUGUUGUCUAGGAUUCUCCCUAACUUGGCCAUUUGCAUUAAAAUAGCAAAUAUGUUUUCUUGUCAAGUCUUGUUUGUGAUCUGCAGUUUCCAGUUAUUUAUAGCCCAAGUCUUGAACUAUUUUAUUAAUUUUGCUUUUAGGAUGCUGUUUUGAUGCAAUUUUGUGCAAACAAAUUGGACAAGAAGGACUUCUUUGGAAAAUCAGAUCCUUUCCUUGUAUUUUAUCGAAGUAAUGAAGAUGGCAGUUUUACAAUUUGUCAUAAAACAGAAGUUGUCAAAAACACUCUAAAUCCGGUAUGGCAAGCAUUCAAGAUCUCAGUCAGAGCAUUAUGUAAUGGAGACUAUGACAGAACAAUCAAAGUAGAGGUGUAUGACUGGGAUCGAGAUGGGAGAAACCAACCCCAAAGGGAUGAAAGUGCCUGGAUACCUGAACACUCCUGUGAAUACAGGAACAAGUUUAAGAAGGCUGGCCUGUGCUGAGGGGGCACCCCCUUCUCAUCCCUUCUGCUGCAUAGGCAGAAAGUUGCUCAGUUGGAGAGCCACAUGCCAUCAUGUGUAUGACACUUGCCCAUAUGCUUACUGACAAACACGGUACAAUAAGUGUCCUGGAAUUUGAUGCAAAUAGUAUUUUCUUUUCUUUCAAGAAGUGAUGAGAAGAUGGGGAGAGAAGUGGAGAUUAUUAUUCCACACUUUAGCUGCUACCAAAUAAGUAUAUAAGACUCAAAUAUUUCAGUCUUUAAGUUGUAUCCCAAACAUUAUUAUGAAAAUGAGUUAUAACACGAAUUUGAAGUUUGCUCUUAGAGAUAACGUCAUAAUAAUACAUGCUAUGCUACUGAUCUUUACAUUUCUGCCAGGUAUUCAUUUGAUUAGUGUAUUAUUUAG